CCUUUCCUCUUAGCGUUGGGCUCGGAGGCGCGUGGAGCCGAGUAACUUGAGUGGAGCGCUGAACUGGUUUUCUCCUCAGGGAACAUGCCAAAAGCAGCAAAGAGCAAAGGAGGAGGGCAGGAGAAAAAAGUCAUCCAUCCUUACAGCAGAAAAGCUGCUCAGCUUACAAAAGAAGCGCACAAACAAGAAAAAAAGGAAAAGUUGAAAAAUGAAAAAGCUUUUCGUCUCAGUGUUGUAGGUGAAAAACUCCUUUGGUUUCAGAGUCACCUGGAUCCCAACAAAGCAGAAUACACAAAAAAAGAGGCCUGUGAACUAGUAGAAAAGUAUUUGCAUCGAUUCAGCGAUGAGUUGGAGCAGAUCGAACUGCAUAACAGUAUUAAGGGCAGACAGGCAAGGCAACACAGUUCCCGAGAAACUACCAUCAACCAUACCAUGGACUGUGAAAGGCAGCUGUAUAAUGGAUAUGGUCUAGAUAUCCCUGACAUUGUGAACUGCAAGCAUCUUAAAACUUUCAGAGAUUGGAAUGGUGAUCUUAAGAAGCUGCCGAACAUUAAAAUGAGAAAGCUGUCAAGUAAAGAUGCCCUUAGUACUAGGUUGGAGAAAGAAUCUGUUGAAACCGAAAAGGAGCUCUGUAUACCAACAGAGGUACACUAAUGAACACCUGCUGACGUGGAAGAUGAACGCUGAAGCAGAUUGCUGAGCUACCAUUUUAGUUAUCAGCGGGAGCCAGACUAAGCCUUGUUUGUAGAGAAAUGCCAGAAGACCCAGUUCGCUGCCUAUGCAAAUAGCAUUCUGCCUUGGCCUUCAGUUGUGGUGUGAAACACUGGCAUCUCCCAUCACUGCCUUUCAGUUUUUAAUAUUUUGAAGUUUGUAAAGGUAAUGGAGAAUGCUGUUAAGGGAAAGGUAGAUGUUACAGUGACAUAAUCCGACUUGGAUUUUACCAAAUUUAUACAUCCUUAGGAGGGGAUAAGGCAUGGGACAAAAAAAGAAACUGAACGCUUUUUUGCUAAAACUCUCUUCUCCUCCCUCUUCCCUCAAGAGGCGGGGUGUUGCUUCUAGUCUUAGAGUUUCACUGAGGGUGACAGUUGUGGAAAAGCAGUUUGAGGGGGCACAUACGGCUGAAGAGUAUGUUAGCUCCUAUUCAUGCCCAUGCUGAUAUUUUUAUUCUGGCCUGACGACUUGCAUAUAAUUUUACCUCUGUAAUGCCCAGUUUAACCCUAGUGUCUUUUUCACUCACUCGCUGUCUCAUUCACUCACAUCCAUUUUUGUUGCAUUUGAUAAAUCCUCAAAUAACCCUCUUUUGUAAUAAUUGUGUCAGCUGCGUUUGCCAUGCUUCAUAUACCUAGCUUUCCCCCCUCCUGAAUGAAAAAGACGAUAAUGUGAGAAAUUAACCCUGAGCAACUGGAUCAAGAAUGUGUGGGAGCAAGUCUGGAAGGAGCCUAAAGUAGUUCUGACGCUUCUCAGUUCUUCUAGAAUUCAGAAUGUCUCUAUAAAUUGUUUUCUGAUUUUGAGAAUGAAUUUCAACAGCAAGUAAAAGUUUUUUUUAAAAAAAUGUAAGAUGAACUAUUGUCUAAAUGCUACUGCAGUCUGAGUAAUACAACCAAAUUGGUGACGUUAGCUAAGGCAGAUCCUUUACAGGAAUUUAGGGAAAGUCCCUGUGAUCCCUUCCACACUGCCACCCGCCAUAAACCUCCCUUCACAGGUUUUGGACUUGGCAGGCAGUUAAGGACAGUCACAACAUUGCCUCCUGUCUAACCUCUGUUUUCAGGCAGACAGCCCUAAUCCAACUCCAUGCAGGGUCCCUUCUCUCCUCUUCCAGAGGCUCCACCAGACAGGCAGCCAGUUCCUGCCCAGGGCUUUUGGGGAAAGGGAACUUAAAGAGUUCACUUUCCCUUAUAUAGUCUGCCACCAUUUACUUUAGAUACAUUGGCCCAUUGAUCGUGACCAGAGUGUUUGAGGUUUGUUUGUUUGUGUGUGUGUGUGUGAUAUUUUUUCUCAGUGAAAAAAUAUAAAGGAGGAGUGGAACAAGUGGGAAUACAUAAAUAUAUUUAAUGCUUAAUAUAUAACAGAACAGAUCAGCAGCCAGCUAUCUUUUCUGCUGCUUUCUCUCUCGGGCUACAAACCCCUCCUCUUCUCCCUUCCAACUGACACUACUAUCAAUGACCCGGCAUUCUGCCGCUCUCAUUGUCUGCUUCAGAGGACAGGCGGAGCUGGGGCCAGUCCUGUCCAUCACAGUCACACUUUUAAACUUAUCUCUAAGGGAAAGGAAAAUCCUGUUGGUAGUACAUGUUGAAAAAAAAAUCUUAUCCAGGAUUGUGCAAGAUGCAAGAAGUCCAGGCUAAAUCUAGUAUGACUGACGAGGGCACAACUGGUACGAUCUAAAAUAACCAUAAGCAGAAUGACUACAGGCACUAGUGCUGUUUUGCAGAAGCCUGCACAAGAGUUUGUACAGUGUUGUAACAAAUUUUGCAGCAGUUCUCAUGCUUCCACCUAUACAAAGAGAAGGACACUGUUGGAUUUAGUUUAAGUUUUCUCAGACAGCGUGCUAAUACAAGGUGCGAAUUACAGAUAUUGUAUAUAGUUCAAUGUUAUAUUUUUAAAUUCAAAAAUAGUAUUUUUAAGCACUGCUGACUCCCAGUCUGUGGCUUGAAAGCUAUGGUAGCCCAUAAGCGUUCUUUAGGUUUGAAAACAUGUCAAGUGUCUCCACUUGUUUGUUACAAAACUGGACUCUUUCAGCAUUAUCAACUUGGGAAUUGUUUGUGGUGACGUCAGAUUCUGCAACAAAUGACUGUUACAGUUGCACAGUUUGUUGUGCCGGUGGCAAACAGGGCUGACAUAGGGAAAGAGUGAAAGCAUAUUGGCAGGAGUGGGAAUUAAUGUUGGAUUAUUCCCUACGGUGAAAAGAAAUAGCACAGCAUGUCUUUAGCUUGCUUAGUCUGUUGCUGUAUAAGAUGAAUGACAUAGUCAUGGAGACAAUCUCAGAAAAGCGUUGUGAUGACUGUUCCUUAAAACAAAUCCACUAAAAUAAAAGAAAUUAGAAUAUA